AUGCUUGCUGUCUCACUGCUUCUGGGUUUGGCGCUUGCCAAAGAGAGUCUAGUGAACUCGACAGCUUAUGGAGCAAGCUUCAGAUCCUUUUUAACGAAGAACUACGCAGAGCACACGCAUCUGGGAUACAAGAGAGCGCGUCUAGAGAUGUACGGAUUCAUUUAUAACAACCCUUUGACUAAUGCUGUCACGUGCGUAUACACUGGGAGAGAGCUAGACUGUCCCUACAUGACGGAGGAGACCAAUUGUAAUGAAGACCUGAACUGUGAGCAUGUGGUUCCCCAAUCCCUUUUUGAUAGUUUAGAACCCAUGAAGAGCGACCUCCACCACCUCUACCCAGCACUAGCAGCAGCAAACAGCGCCCGCUCCAAUUACCCCUUCGAUAACAUCCCGACAGAAAACGUGUCUGCGUGGUAUGGCAAAAAUAACAUCACAGAAGAGCCUCCCCGAUUCCCUAAUAGAUACAGCAAAGUAGAAAAGGGUGUGUGCUUCGAACCGAGAGAUGCGGUUAAGGGAAAAAUCGCACGAGCAGUUGCAUAUUUCUUCGUAGCCUAUCCAGACUACUUUGACCGGCUCGGAGACGUCAUGGAUGUUGACACUCUGCUUCACUGGAACGUCCUGCAUCCUCCAACUGCCGAAGAGCUAGACGAACACGACCGUAUUGUCACAGUCCAGGGGAAUAAAAAUCCAUUUGUAGUGGAUCACCUAUGGAUGGUUAGGGCGUACUGUGACGUUAGUUCGUGGGGCUGUCAAGAUUUCGAGGGCGUUAGUGCGGAGUCCUCGGAGUACACGGACGUCGAGCAAGCGCUCUGUGGUUGA